CUCGCCUUCCUUCUCCUCACCUCAGGAAGUUACUUCAGAACUCCCGAAGGCCUUUUCUCUUUUGAUGAAAAUCCCUCAUUCUGGUUUUGGAACUCCAGUAGGAAGCAUUUCUCUUUGUGGGCUGCUGGCUUGUAGGUACCCGGAACCAUGACAUCUCUGCGGCUGCUCAGAGCUCCCUUCCUAUGUGUCCUGUUCUGCGCCUUUUGUGCCUCGGGCGCCAGGGCCGAGGAGCAUGGGGCCAGUGUCCAUCAUGGCAGCGUGGGCCUGGAUAAGAACACAGUGCACGACCAGGAGCACAUCAUGGAACAUCUAGAUGGCGUCAUCACCAAGCCAGAGGAGCAGAUGUCCCCCCAAGAGCUGCAGCUCCAUUACUUCAAAAUGCACGAUUAUGAUGGCAACAAUUUACUUGAUGGCUUAGAGCUCUCCACUGCCAUCACCCACGUCCAUAGGGAGGAGGGGAGCCAGCAGGCACCAGUAAUGAGCGAAGACGAGCUAAUUAACAUAAUAGACGGCGUGCUGAAAGACGACGACAAGAACAACGACGGCUACAUCGACUACGCUGAGUUUGCGAAGUCCCUGCAAUAGUCACUUGGUCUUCAGCUGUGUGCAAAUGUGACCCCGAUAAUGUGACGGAACAUGUCUGGUAAUGCAAAACAACUCAUUUCCGCCUACUGCUACAACCUUCACUUGUUACACUGGGGUGAGGAAAAAGCCAGGAGGAAUUCGGAGAGUCCUGGGAUGAGCCCUA